AUGGCUGAGAAAGCUCUUGCUAUCGAUUAUAGCUCCCUCGCGCCAACAGCCGAGAUCCGCAUACUUACCCUCAAGCAAGGAACUGGUAACGAUGAGAUUACAUGCGACCUCGGUCCUGUGACGCGGGCUGAAUCGGAAUACUACGCUCUGUCAUACGAAUGGGGCGACGAAAGCAAGAACGAUCCCUUCAUCAAGGUCAAUGAUGGCGAGGUUCAAAUUCGCAAGAACCUCUUUGAUGCUCUGAAGAACAUAAGAAAAGCAACUGAAGAUUUGCAACUCUGGGUUGAUGCAAUAUGCAUCAAUCAGUCAGAUGUUCAAGAGAAGAGCCAGCAGGUCUCCAUGAUGGGUGAGACAUUUACAAAAGCAGUCGGUGUCAUCUCAUGGCUCGGCCCAGCCAAAGACGAUAGUGACCUUGCUAUGGCUUUAAUGUCAAACACCACAUCUCUCCAAGCCAAACUUCCAUCCUUCGACAGAGAUUCACGACAGUUGAAAUCCUUGCUUGCGCUCUUCUGGAUCAUUCAAGAGCUAUACCUUGCAAAGAGCUAUGUCGUGUGGUGUGGCGCCAAGUCCAUCCCCGAUGCCGAAUUCGAGGAAUCAUUAGCAACUCUGAACGGCUUGAGCAGCCCGCACAGCAGUGAUUUCAUGCACAACCCAGCGAACCAUCACCGAAUAGCUCGGUUAUUCGGCUCCACUGAUUGGAUUAACAAUUUGCGCCGGUGGAUAUGGGUAUGUCUUCGCGGCAACUUUCAGUGCACGAGAGAGCAUGACCUCAUCUACGCGCUUCUGGAUAUCUCGGAGGAUUACGCGAAAGCGCCUUGGAGUCUGAGCGUUGACUACUCAAAGACACCACGCGAGAUCUUCCUGCAGCUGCUUCAGCAACGGAGUCUUGCUAAGUGGCACCCUGGAGAUCAAAGUCGUUUGCUGGAACUUGCAGAAAAGAUGAAUCUUGAGAUGGAUGAGGGUCUGAGGAGGUCGGUAUCUGAGAUUUUUGGUGGCUGA